AUGCCUGAGUCUGUGCAGGCAUCGAAAGGCCCAAUGACCACCAACCAAGAUCAUGCUUCUGAGCCUACCGCUCGCAGCAUACUCCAAACCGAUUCACGUAUCGUCAAGAUCCUCAGAAAAGGACUUCGCAUAUUCCCAAGAAGAUCGCGAGAAGAUGUCAAACGAAAAGCACAAAACUCGAAUGGAACAGCAUCUUUACACCUGAAAGAGGAGCCAGGUCUUCGUCUAUACAACUUUCCCAGCAGACCGUCUAGCCCAACACUAUUUGUAUCCGCAGCCUCAUCUCCACCAACCAGGGGUCUACCUCUGAUCCCAUCUACAGCGUCUGAGGUUCGCAGCCGCUUGGGAGGUAUUUCCACCAAAGGUGCAUUGACUCCGCUGCUAUCUGGAAGGAAUAUAGAUAAUGGAUCUGGUCACUGUCUUCAAACGAGAGGCUACUCCAAGUUCGUCGCCACCAAUGACUAUUCGAGCAUCGAUGGCGUGAGUGAUGGAGGCAAACUAGCCCAUGACGAAGAUGUCUCGCAAAGUUCAUCGCUACAAACUUUGUACGAAUUCGUUUCUUCUAAGGAGACUAGCCAACCUCAGCGACCGCCUUCAAGCGAAGACCAAUGUUUGCCUUGUCGCGAAUCGUGGGUGUUACCUAGAUCUGCAUCGACACUCCAGGGUACAUCGCCACAGUCUACUUGUGAGCAAACCACAACAUCACCAAUGGCACUGCGGAAACCAGCCGACUCACGUAAGGGGCCACGUCCGGUCUCUCCUCAGACACCUCCACCUUCACCAAAUUGCAACAAAGAUAGCUCCAGGAAUUGGCCUCUUCCGAAUCCCACACUUUAUCGAACUUUUCAAGAAGAAGGAUUCAUUGUAUAUCGAUAG